AUGUCGAGCCAACCGCCAGGGACUUUCUUGCCAAACACCAAAGUUACAGUGGGCAGCCACAAGGUGUACAUUGAGAAGUACCUGUCCGAGGGGGGCUUCGCCCACGUCUACGUCGUUCGAGUCCCACGGGAGCACGGCAAGCAUGAGAUUGCGGUGCUCAAGCRGGUUGCCGUGCCCGAUAAGGAGCACCUGUCCAACAUGCGGACGGAGGUGGAAACGAUGAAGAAGUUGAAGGGCCACACACGCAUCGUGACAUACUACGACAGCCAUGCCAACCAGCUGAAAGGCGGCGGAUACGAGGUCUUCCUUCUCAUGGAGUACUGCAGCGGUGGCGGUCUGAUUGAUUUCAUGAACACCCGACUGCAGCACCGUUUGACGGAGCCGGAGAUUCUCAAGAUAUUUGGCGAUGUGGCCGAAGGGGUAGCCUGCAUGCACUAUCUUAAACCUCCCCUCCUUCACCGAGAUCUUAAGGUCGAGAAUGUUCUGAUCUCCAAAGCUCCGGGCAGCGGCACUCCAAUAUACAAGCUGUGCGAUUUUGGCAGCACGGCAGCCCCGAGGCCGGCGGCGAAGACGGCGGAAGAGGGCAGACUUAUCGAAGAGGAUGUGCAGAAACAUACGACUAUGCAGUAUCGGAGUCCAGAAAUGAWCGAUGUCUGGAGGAAGCAGCCAAUCGACGAGAAGGCGGACAUCUGGGCUCUGGGAGUCCUGCUCUACAAGCUGUGCUACUAUACCACGCCUUUUGAGGAUGUUGGACAAAUKGCCAUACUGAAUGCGAGCUACAAGUUCCCAGCCUAUCCUUCCUUUUCCGAUCGGCUGAAGAAGCUCAUCGCUUCGAUGCUGAAAGAGGACCCUGCCAGACGGCCAACGAUCUAUCAGGUUAUUAAGGAGAGUUGCAGCAUGCGCGGUACUGAAGUGCCGAUUAAAGAUAUCUACGCCAACAGGACCCAGUCCGAAGCACGCAGAAACGAGUCCCUGCCUUCGCCCGACGCCCUAUCCUCUGCACCGGUUGGAWUGCAGAAGGUGGCGCCUCAAGUACAAGUCCACGCUAUUCCAGAUGUGGCGCCCAUGCGAAGAGGUCGGCCAACCUCAGUACAGCCGGUCAGUGCUCCCAAAGCAACUCCAUCUCCUGCAAACGGUGACCCUUUUGCCGCUCUGGAUUCCAAGAACUACAGCGUGCGGGCUGGAGCUGUAGACGAGCUCUCUGCGCGUUUUCCGUCACUGGAUGAUUUCUCAAUCGCUGUGGAUGGUGGAAAGAAGUUUGCAUUUUCAACCUCCCCCAAAUCUGAAGCCAGCCCAAAGCCCCAGAGCAACCUUAGCGAGCGCGUCACUCACGCUCUAGCCGAUGAGGUCUUCUCGCCACCAUCCACCACCUCAAAAGCCGAUGCUCCAAGACCGGAAAGGCAGAGUGCGCCCGCAAACCCAGCAAUGACCCUGGAACAGCCACUUUCCGUCCGACCAGGCACGAACAACUAUCGAUCAACAGCUGUAGGUUCCUCGCCACCACCUACCCCAAAGCUUCCUGAGCUCAACAAUCGGCCAAUCUGGAGAGUGUCUGAUCACGCUCGAUCUCCCAGUCAGCCACGACCAUUAGAGUCUGGUCAAGCUGCCGCAUCGUUGUUACAUCCGAGCUUGCCCCCAACGCAUCGACCUGCUCUGCUCGACAUUCAUCGCUCAAAAUCGCAAACAGCGAUGGUUGCAGAGCAGGCUUCGAUUUCUUCUCGACCUUCUCUUGACGGACACCGCCCCUCACAAGACGUCGGUGAUGAAUCCUCCAGCUUUACGAGAACAAAGUCCCUCAACACUCGUUCGCGGCCCUCUAGCAUGUAUGUCAACUCUGACAUGGAUUAUCUACGUGACCAGGAGCAAUUGCGGAGAAGGCCCUCUAUCGAACCUCGCCGCAGCAGUAGACAGCCCUCUCAGUCGCCGCCAGAGGAGAGCUCCAUCACCGACAACAUAGCAUAUCUGCGCAAUUCAGAGGAAAGUGAUCGGAAGUUGAGCACAAAAGGCCAUCACAAAAAACGGUCGAGUCUCAAUACCAUUGGUAGGAAUAUGCUCGGUGGACGCUUCGGCGACGCGUUCAAGCGGUUCGAGGGCAGCCCUAAAAACGAAAGCGUGCUUAUCACACCGGAGCCACGCGCGACAGAAGACGAACCCGAAAUGCUGUCUCCUAUUAUUGGCUCUGAGGCGACACGAAGCAGACAUUCCGACAUGGAGGACGAGACCGAAGAGCUUCCAAUAGAGGUUCAGCGGGAGCUGGAACGCCAGCGACUCGGGCAGGAAGAGAAGAGAGUUGCGGAGGCGGCUGCAGACUACCGAGCACGAGUAGCAGCUCAGGGUCCGGGUAUGGCGCCUCCACCAAGCAGAGCAAGCACCAUUCAGAAGCGGGUGCAGUCUCUGCUUGAUGAGGGACGACAAUCACCUUCGAAGAAGACGGCCGAAGGCUACGGCCGAUACACUAAUAGUCCUGCUCCUAGAGAAGGGCCCGACUCGAGACCCGCUUCGCGACCCAACGUAGUCAUGCAAAGUGGCGGACCUCCUUUGAUAGCCCGUAAGCCCAUGGUCGAUCCAAGCACCUCCAACAACCCAUACCCAAGAACAAGACAACACCAGCAACCCUUCUCGCCACAGCCUAUGUCGUCUCCUGACCUACCUCCACAGCCUCCAGCGGCUUCACUGGAACAGAACAACCUGCAAAGGAUUGUAUCUCGUCCGAGUGCGCCUCCUAAACCCAAAGCUCUUCGGACUGGUGGCGCUGUGCAAUGGCCACCUCCACAAUCUCCAACCAUGAUCGAAAGCCCCGCCGCCAUAAAGCCGACAUCGGGGCUCGCUGCUCUGCUUGCGAAAGAUCUUGAAGGUGUCCCCGACUACCCUCCCAUGUCUGGUAGUGGUAAUCAACGUCAGAACCAAAUACCUCAACCUCACCGAACAGCUAGCGCCGUCCCCACAGGCAUUGAUGAGUUGGAAAGCUUCAGUCAGCGAUAUCCGAGCUUGAGCGGAAUCGAAAUGGUAGAGACGGAGAUUGAAGGGAGUGGUGGAGAUACGAGAAUGUUGCGGAUGAAGGAGAUUUAA